AUGCCCGGCCAGGGUUCGCGACCCGAGGACGGCGCUGGGCUGGUCCCUACCGACAACUCGACCCAACACAAGGAAGAUCUUAGCAGCAAGACUAAAGAACAAAAAAUUGUUGUGGAUGAGCUUUCUAACCUGAAGAAGAACAGGAAAGUAUAUAGGCAGCAACAGAACAGCAACAUAUUACUUCUUGCAGACCGAACAGAAAUGCUUUCUGAAAGCAAAAAUAUAUUGGAUGGGCUGAGGAGAGGAUACCAAGAAAGAGAAAACUCAGAGAAGACAAAAAUCAAGAAAUAG